AUGGCUGACAGAAACAGCAGUAGAGUGAAGGUGUUUGUGUUCAUGGGAUUCACUGAUCGUCCAGAGUUGGCUGCCACCAUGUUUGCAUUGUUUCUUGUGAACUAUGGCAUUACAAUUGUGGGGAAUCUUGGGAUGCUUUUGUUAAUUAGGGCCGAUGCUUGCCUUCACACCCCCAUGUAUUUCUUCCUUAGUAGUUUGUCCUUCUUAGACAUUUGCUAUUCAACCACCAUCAGUCCCAGGCUGCUGAUUGACCUCUUAAGGGAAAAGAAAGUGAUUACUUAUACUGAGUGUCUAGUUCAAUUCUAUUUCUAUGUAACUUUUGCCACCACUGAGUGUUACCUCCUGGCUGCUAUGGCAUAUGACCGCUACAUGGCCAUCUGCAACCCACUCACCUACACAAUCACCAUGUCUCAGAAAGUCUGUGUUUGCCUGGUGGCUGGUUCAUACAUUGCUGGAUCUGUCAAUGCUAUGAUACACACAGGUUGUAUAACUCGUUUAUCCUUCUGUGGCCCUAAUGUCAUUGAUCAUUUUUUUUGUGAAGGUCCCCCGGUUUUUGAACUUUCCUGUUCUGAUACAAGUGUAAAUUUGUAUGCGAUGUUCGCAUUUGUGGGCUUUAACCUGGUGGUCACUCAUUUGACAGUCCUUAUCUCUUACUCUUAUAUUGUUGUCACUAUUCUGAGAAUCCGUUCAGCUGAGAGUCGGCAAAAAGCCUUCUCCACCUGCUCCUCUCACCUGAUGGCUGUCAUCAUCCUUUAUGGAAGCUUUUUCUUUAUGUAUCUCCAACCUAGUUCAUCAACCAAAGGAAAGAAAGUGGCCUCUUUGUUGUAUGCAGUGGUAAUACCCAUGCUAAACCCCCUCAUCUACAGCUUGAGGAACAAGGAGGUGAAGAGUGCUUUGGGACGGGUAGUGGAGAAGUAUGUUCGCUAA